CUGAGCCCCAAGUUGAUGCUGUGGGAGUCCGGUGAACGUUCACACGGUGUGACCGCCUGAGGCGCAAAUUUCCCGAAUCAUAUUCCUCUCUCUCUCUCUCUCUCUCUCUCGCUGCCUUCUCCGACGAACCCUAAUGCCUCCAUAUCUGGAUCAUAGUUGAUUGAAUUAUGUACCUUGCUUCAUAAGGUUUAUCAUAUUGUAAAAGGAGAUAUUGUGCCAAUCAUCAUGGGAAGCAAAAGCUGUAUACCUCCUCCGCUUCUGCGACGGCCUCUUCCUGGUUCUGGCUUGCUGCAACCAGGUCCAUUUGGUCCAGGCAUUCAUCCCCUGCCUGGUGCUUUUCCUUUCGAUAUGUUGCCACCUCCGGAAAUUAUGGAGCAGAAGCUUGCUGCACAUGAUGUGGAAAUGCAAAGACUUGCAUCAGAGAACGAAAGUUUUGCUGCACAUGAGGAAGGAAUUAUCUGCUGCACAACAGGAGUUGCAGAGAUUGCAGACUGACAUGGGUACCAUUAGAGUGAUCAAGAGCAUCAAUUAAGAAUGCUCUUGGAUAAUAUUUCAAAGAUGGAAGCUGACUUGAAAGCUUCUGAACCUGUUAGUGUAGAUUUGCAGCAGGUUCAUGCAGAAGCUUAGAGCUUGGUAGUAGCAAGACAGGAGCUAAUUUUCAGAGUACAACAGCUGACUGAGGAUUUGCAGAGGAGCCAUGGUAAUGUCCAGCAAAUCCCAUCAUUGAUGUCGGAACUUGAGGUCCUUGACAAGAAUAUCAGGAUUGCAGAGCCACAUAUGAUUCUGAGAGGAAACUGCACAUGGAUCAUUAUGAGUCACUUCAAGUAAUGGAGAACUAUGUCUCCAUGGUAAGAGAGGUAGAAAAAUUAUGUGCUUGAUUGAGAAAAUCUACUAACCUUGUCAGAAGUGGUAUGGUUGCCUUUAAGUACACAUUUUCUGAUCUUCAUGCCUUCUAGAUGAUUGGUGUUUAAAAGAUUGAGAAUCUUUUCUAUUGAACAACCCGAAUAUUUCUAUUACAUUUAAUAUGUUAGGUGGGCAAUUUGGAUCAAAUGCUUGGGCUUACAAGGAAAAUGAUGCAUUUGGACACCAUCCUGUAGGAUAAAAUGCUUAUGAAGAUGGUUAUGGAGUCUCUCAGUUGGAAUGCAGGAGCAUGGUCCUUCUGUUGGUGCAGUUUGGUAUGGUAGAGCUGCAGCUGGAUCUGUGGCUGCACGGGAUCUACAUGAUGCCCCAAGAGGCCAUGCAUAUGAUGCUUCUAAAGGAUCUAGUUUCAGUUCUCCAAGAGUUCAGCCUAUAAUGCUGCUGGAGGUAGCAGCUAUGAUGGACCUAGAGGCACUGGUUAUGAGGCUUCCGUGGCUUCUGGAUAUGAUGCACCUAAGGUAGUCAUGUGGAACGCUGCUGCUUCCUAUGGAUUAACAAAUGCGACAUCUUAUGGAGCAGCAGCAGCUUCACCACUCCAUAGUUCAACACAACAAGCGACAUAUGGAUCUGGGCAGACUCCACCUGCCUAUUUAUCAACAUAAGAAGCACCAUAUGGAUUGAGGCACCUUGUGACGGAAACACCGUGCAUAGAUAAAUUGAAAUUGACCUACGGAGCAGUUUUUUCGGCCCACACGGCAACAACAUUGCCCUAGUUAGCAAUGCUUCAGGGACAUCUGGUUAUUUCAAAAUGUACAGAAUUAAGAUAGUCAAAGCAAGGGGAGAACGCAAACCACAGGUAGCUCUUAUCUACCAUGGCAGACUCCUAUAAUCUUCACACAACCAGCAACAAAUCUUCACCUUUUACAUGCCAAAAUGCUGAUGGAAGUUGCUGUGCAUAAUUGAACAAAUUGCUGUAAAGGCGGUGUCAGGUUGAAGGGCCAAUGACUGUAACAUGGAAUGAAGCUGAUGAACAUGAUCUGUGGAGACUAGUGAAGGUAUGAUCUGCACAGAAUCCACUCAGAUGUGAUUGCCUGUAUUCAGCAAUAUUUUCCACCCACCAGUGUACUCAUCUAGGUUACUCAGGUAAGUUGACUUUAGUCAACUGAAUUUAUCUAGCUCUUCGUGUUCUCUUUUUUCUUUUAUGACUCACUUUCUGUUCACCUGUUACCAUGCUAAUAAUUCUAAUUAGACAAGUUCGAAUUAAACUAGUCGGGACUAAAAUCUAUGGGAUUGGAUACCAAUGGAAUCCAAAGAUUUGAGACUUUUAACUUGUAGAACAAACUCAACAUAUGUCAUGAAAAUUUACUAAAAUGAUUACAUUUUUAGUCUUCUCUUAAAUAUUCUCACACAAAAGUGUUUUCCUAAUAUGGAUGGAAGUGUAUGGAUAUUUUAGGGACUGCCUUCCAUUCAUGGAGGAGAGCAAGCUUUUGAUCAUUUGAACUCAGUUGUCUCUAGAGUUACUUCCACCCUUCUAUUACAGGCAUGUGUUGCACUCUUCAAGAAGACACAGUUCAAGAGGGGAUUCCCUGCUUGCAUACCAGCCAUGGCCGUCGUCAAAGGUACACUUCUUUGGCCAUUAAACCUUGUGGUAACUUUUGAGCAAGAUGUGCAGCAAGUCAGCAGUAAAUGAAGAUCCUUCUUUUGAAUUAACUAUUUCUUAAUUAAUAUUGUGUUGCUUGUGAGGUCAUGCUAUGACUAGGGGUAUAUAUUCCUUGAAACAAGAGCGAGUGGCUAGGGUUAGGAGAGAAGGAAUUCAUGUCUUUUGGACUUGCAUUGCAUGUUCACAUGGAAGAGACAUGUCACAUAUAAUAUAUAGCUCAGAAAGGACACCCCCAGGGAUAACCAUUGGAUGAUUGCUCCUAUUCUUCCAAUUUGGAUCCUAUGAUGGGUUCUAUUACCCACCUCCACUGACUUUGUCUCUACCUUUUUCAUCCACCUCUAGUGUUUUUAAUGACUAAGGAUUAUUCUUUAUUUGCUUUUCUUCCUUCCUUUUCUCUGAAACAACAUUCCAUCAUCAAGAUAUUAUAGUAGUUCUUUUUUUGGUGUAAACUUUGAAAUUUAUGAAGGUUUUUUUUUAAUGUUGUUUUGUAGUUUGAAAUUGUGAAUAUACUUGUUUUUAUGUUUUUGGGUUUUGAAAAAAACAUAAUAACACAAAAUAAAAAUAUCUCCAUGCCUGCUUCAAAAAUGGGUUUUAAAAAUAAAUUCAUUUGCAUUUUUGACCUAAAAGACUUCUCCAGUGUCAAUCCAUCAUUUGCUAUUCCUACUCUUUCUCUCUCUCCUUGAUUUGACUUUGAAGAGAAAAUAUGAAAUUUUAAGGAAAUGUACAGUCUCUUAUCAUGGUGGGAUUUUUUUGUUAUUAUUUUUUGAAACGAUUUCUCAUCCUUCUUGAAAAUUUGGGACUUGUGUUAUUCUUUAAAACCUUUAAUGUCGUUUUUUUUUGUCAUUGUUGUCCAACAUUUUUAAAUUAUAUUUUGUUUUUUGCUAUUAUGUGUGACUUUUUAGAUCAUUCUCGAACAUUCGGGAUUUUUUUUUUUUGGUAAUUAUGAAAUAUGGGGGAAUAAUAAAGAAAAAUAAAACUCGGUGUCGACCGCGUGGUGCGUUGGCAGCAUUUGGAGCGUCGGAUGUGCACCCGUGAGGGUUACGAAUAGAAGAGAUCACAUGCGCGUAAACCACACGCGUAUGAAAACACCGUGCGAGAACACCACCCACGGCCGACGACGGCAGCUUUUGGUGCACCCGUGACGAGGGUUCUGCAACUGCGAACUCUGCAAUCUUGCCGACGACUUCUCCUGCGGUGCUUCGAUUGUGAUCGUGGUGACAAAACAGGGGUGGCAUGGCUGAGGGAGGGAAUCAGUAAAAGCACUCUUCACACCACACCCGCAUGAAGAACACAAAAUAUUAAUUAGCAUUGCAGUGAAGGAAGAAGACAGGGCAACAAAGAUAUGUCCCCUUCCCCCACACACGCAUCUCCAGAUGCCAACCAUGCCUCACUGGUCCCUUCUCAAACGGAAUGAUGGGUGGCCAAACCCAGGGAAUGUUGGAUUCUAUGUUUCCCCACCACCGCCUUCCGCCUUCCUUUUCACCUUGUCCGUUUCUUGCUUCCUCCCACACUCUCCUUACUCCGACGGAGAUUUAGUGUUUUCUCUUCAUUUCUCAUAUGCCAUCGGUAAUGGUAAUGGCUUUGUGGAUGGAUGCAUUGAAUCAUCCAUUCCAUUUUGAUGGCAAAUUCGUGACAACUCGAGCAGAGAAAACCAGGAAACAUAUGUUCUUCAUGGGAAGAAUCUAAUCAAGCUUAGGUUGGAUGCAUCAGCGAGUCUAGGAAACUAGAGUACAUCAUAUGGACCCUUUUGAGGGCCAUCUUUAACAUAGUUAUUCUUUGAGGAGCAUCAUUAGCUGUCCUCCUCCUCUUGUAAUUGCUGGAAGGGAACUUGUUCCCUUCUCUCUCUCUGUCUCUGUCUCUGUCUCUCUGCUUUUAAGCAGUCCUGCAACUCUGCCAUCAAAAAACAUGAACAUCUUGUCAUUCCAUAAUCUGUCAUCAAUUUGUGCCAGACACACCUCCCAAGCAAGUGACCCACCAAAUAUUUCCAUUCUUUGUUUUCAUCGGAAUAACAAUCCACCACUUCAUCUCACUUCUAACUUGCUGCAUCUGGCGAGCAUGUCUGCGCUCCCCACUUCCUUGCACUCUUAAAAAACUCUCCUUUUCAUUCCAUCAAGACAGCAAAUUCUACAGACUUGUCUACUGUCUCCUGCCUCAAGAGAGGAGGAUUGGUAAUAGGAGGCUGCCUGGUGCGUGAAAGAGGAAUCCCAUGAAUGAUUUCACCACCUGACUCCAUCAAGCCAUCGCUGCAAACCUUAAGCUGAACACCUGCCGUGCCUGCUCUCGAGUAUCUGUUAUUUGGAGACUGGCACACAAUGAGCUCGAUGAGACCAAGGAAGGGCAGCACUCUGGUCUUUUGGUCGGUCUUCUUCUUCCUCUGGACUAUCGUAACUGCUACACUCUCCCCCAAAGGUGUCAACUUUGAAGUGCAAGUUUUGAUGGGUAUAAAAGCUUAUCUUGUGGAUCCUCAUGGUGUUCUCGAGAAUUGGGACCAGGACUCUGUUGAUCCAUGCAGCUGGACUAUGGUCACAUGCUCACCUGAGAACUCAGUCAUUGGCCUGGCAACUCCAAGCCAGAAUCUCUCUGGUACUCUCAAUCCAAGCAUAGGAAACUUGACAAACCUUCAAAUUCUGUUCCUGCAGAACAAUAACUUAUCGGGGCCAGUACCGCCAGAAAUUGGGAAGCUCUCCAAGCUUCAAACCGUUGAUCUGUCCAACAACUACUUCUCCGGCAAAAUCCCUGCCUCGGUGGGCAAUCUGAAUGGUCUUCAGUACAUGAGGCUUAAUAAUAACAGCCUUACUGGAGCAUUUCCUGCAUCUUUGGUCAAUCUUUCACAACUUGCUUUUCUGGACUUGUCUUACAAUAAUAUCAGCGGCCCUAUACCUAAGCUUCCAGCGAAAACGUUCAACAUUGUUGGAAAUCCUUUAAUUUGUCCAUCAGCUUUGAAGCAAAAAUGCUUUGGAAUGAUGCCCAUGCCAAUGUCCUUCGACAUGAACAAUUCACAAAGUGCUCCAGCUUUGGUGAGGCCCAAAAGCUACAAAGUCAUUCUUGCAUUUGGAUCCACCUUUGGGAGCAUCUGCUUAGUUUGUCUUGGCUGUGGACUUUUUCUCUGGUGGAAGCAAAGUCAUGACCAACAGAUAUUCUUUGAUGUCAACGACUUACAACAUGAAGAACUCUGCCUCGGUAAUCUAAGAAGGUUUCACUUCAGGGAGCUUCAGAUAGCAACAAAUAACUUCAGCAGCAAAAACAUACUAGGCCGUGGUGGCUUUGGAAAUGUCUAUCGAGGGACGCUGCAAGAUGGAACUUUAGUCGCCAUCAAAAGGCUCAAGGAUGGAAAUGCUGCAGGUGGCGAGAAACAAUUCAAAACUGAAGUUGAAAUGAUCAGCUUAGCAGUGCACAGAAACGUCCUUAGGUUACUUGGUCUUUCCAUGACUGCCACAGAAAGGCUUCUUGUUUAUCCGUACAUGUCAAAUGGAAGUGUUGCUUCCCGACUCAAAGCAAAACCAACAAUAGACUGGAGUACCAGAAAAAAGAUAGCUUUGGGAGCUGCAAGGGGCCUUCUUUAUCUGCAUGAGCAAUGUGAUCCCAAGAUCAUUCACAGAGAUGUAAAAGCUGCCAAUAUACUGCUGGAUGACCACUGCGAGGCUGUUGUGGGAGACUUUGGACUAGCAAAGCUUCUUGAUCACAGGGAUUCACAUGUAACUACAGCUGUGCGGGGAACCGUGGGACACAUAGCACCAGAGUAUCUCUCGACGGGCCAAUCCUCUGAGAAAACAGAUGUAUUUGGUUUUGGAAUCCUCCUCCUCGAACUGAUUACUGGUUUGGGAGCCGUAGAAUUUGGUAAGGCAGCAAACCAGAAAGGUGCCAUGCUCGAUCGGGUUAGGAAGAUUCACCAAGAAAAAAAACUUGACAUGCUGGUUGACAAGGAUCUGAAGAGCGACUACGACCGGGUUGAGCUGGAAGAGAUCAUCCAAGUGGCACUCCUGUGCACGCAGCACGUUCCAGGCCACAGGCCAAAGAUGUCUGAGGUGGUUAGCAUGCUCGAAGGUGAUGGUCUCGUAGAGAGAUGGGAGGCCUCUCAGAGGAUGGAGGCUCAUAAGCUGACGGUGCCCGAGACCUUCUCGACGUGUUAUUCCUUCAACAUCACCGAUGACUCCUCAUUACAGGCACAAGCUAUUGAGCUUUCUGGACCAAGGUGAUCGAUCGAUGAUGAUAGUUGAUUGUCAUAACCAAGAUGCCUAUAAUGCUAUGCGAAGAGAUUGUACAUAUCAUAUCAGGGCCAUUAAUCUCUGUUAAGAAUAUAUACGAUAACAUGUGUUAUUGCAUAGCAAUAAAUUAAUUUUAUGCUUUUGUAUAGAAAUAAAUUGAUCAUACAUGUGUUAUGAUAAGUUCACAAUGAAAUGAAAAGUAUAGUUGAAUGCUUA